ACGUUCUGAUGGUCACUCUGAUCUGAAGCUCUAAGAUACUGCAUGCACGCAGCAUGCGAAGGAUUAGCGACCUCGGCGCUAGAAUUUCCGAACAGUCCGCGUACAAAUUUCGUCGCACAGAUCCGAACGAUUGUGCAUGCAAUCCGCGCAUUUAGCGGAAGAGCGCAUGCGCGAACUGCAAAUCAAAUGAUUCGGGGAAGGCUGGCGGUCGUUAGCGGAGGGCAUCGGCCCCCACGCAGGCCAGAGGGACGAGGUCGAUGAAGCUGUGUCGGAGUUCCGACCUAACGAGGAAUGAGUGGGAAGCAGAUGGGCGAUGGCGAAUUGCGUUUUGCGCGUGCGAAGUCGGAUUCCCCUCGAGGUCUUUACGGGUCGACGGGCGAGGUCCUCGGCGCCACUAGUCAGAGGCGAUGAUGCAGGUCGUGAGAAAUAAGCCUCGGCUGUCAUUACAGCCAACGCGAAUGUGCAAGGAGUGGCUGUAGUCGGGAGUUUGCGAAAGCAUUGUGGAAGAUGCAAUGUCACAUUCCGUUUCUUGACGUGCGCAGAAACUUGCAUCGUGUUUAAUUUCGGGGAAAAUGAGUGUGUGCGUGUCUCCUGUGUUGGCUCCGGCUUGGAAUGUGGACCUCGAGUUGCAGAAAGAACUGGAUGCCGUCAGCAUCCGCUCCCACUUGUCAUCAUCGUCAUCCUCAGCAGGAGAUGACGAAUAUGAGACGAAAGGAGACGAUCGAGAGGCUUUGGCUUUAGCAACGAACGCACGACUCGAUAUGCUCCUUGAUGGCUGGCGUGUCAAAGAGAAAAAGCUUCAAGAGUAUGAACAAACGUUGAAUAGAAUACGGCUCUGGCAAGGAGGUUUGAUAAGCGACGAGGAAAUGAGGGGAAAGGAAUCCGAAGAUAAGAGUGUCUCUAGUUCCAAACACCAUAUUCACUCUGACCCUCCAGAGCAGGUGAGACCCCAGACGAAAUUUUUGGCGGAGGCUACAUCAAUGAGUAAAACUCACGAGGUCAAGGAGACUGAAACGCAGAGAGACUUGAAGCAGUCCCUCGAUUGUAUAAAAUUGAGUCCAAUAGCGACAAGGGUGCCAGACUUCAUCACUCGCCUCGGAGAAACACCUCAAGAGUCACCCUGUAGCAAUUCCCUUGAUGCUGUGAGCUCUUGCAAUACAAGCACAGAGAAACAUGACAACUCCGAUUUGAAGUUCUCGAAGACGAAUCCGGAAUACCGAGAAAGCAAGGAAACCGUAUGUAGCGAAUCUUGUUCCUCCGCAGGUGACUUUGAAGAAGAUGCGAUAACUCUCCUUAAUGCUAGGAGAACAAAAAUGCUAGAGGAAUUCAGAGCUGCAGAGGUACAAAGAACUAGAGAAUGGAAUCAAAGACGGAAGGUUGAUAGUGAGGAGUCCGAACGGAAAAUGGCUCUGGCAUCUGAAAGGCGACAGGAGCUAGAAGUGGAGCUGCAAAAAGAACAAAGAACGAAACUUGCCACUCUCGAAACGGAGCAAAGAAGGAAAUUGAGGUUGCUUGAGGAGCUACAAAGAACGGAAGAAAGCAACCUGGAAUCGGAGAAACAAGAGAUGGAAGUAAGAUACAAGGCGCUCACGGACAUAUCAGAUACAUACAAGCAUUUGGAGGAGGAGCUGGACUUGAGAAGGUUGGACCACGACGAUACAGUAAGGGAAAUGCUUAGUCAGGCUAUUCGGUCGCAGGAACAGAUUUAUAAUCCAGGAAUUUCAAACUUACAAGAAGAUGCAGAUGAUAGCCAUGCACAGAGGUGUUGUAUCCAAAUUCAAGCUCUGGUAAGAGGCCACCUAUGCAGGAAGAAAUACAAGUUUUCGAGGCAUCACGAGAGCGAGAUUGACAGGACUCCCCAAACGAAGCUGGUCUUAGAUGAGCGAUGUUCGAACAACAUGCAAGAAACUACAAUAUGCGAAGAAAGUGGAAACAAGCAGUCACCUGCUAGAACUCCGGAUCUAAAUUGCAAAAACUGGCAGUUAUAUGAGGAGGUGCUGGAUAGGUUGACAGAUCUCGCAGGAACUGGAAAUAUAGAUGACAUUUACCCAUGUUUGGAACUUGCGAAGGCCAUAGGUCUGGAUGAAGAGGCAAGAGCCGUGGAAGACGAGGUUUAUCAAAGAAAGGAAAGUACGCGGAACUGGUUAACACAGGUUAUUAAUGGAUGGGAUACUGGAAGAGUCAAUCUGCAGAAGCAUUUUGAAGAAGCGAACAGAGUAAAUCUGGCACCCCUGUAUGCUGUAGCUGAGGCGGUUGUUUUCGCUAGAGAAAAAGAAAUUGGUGAGAGUUUGGAAAUGGCAAUCUCCAGGGCUUCCCGAUGGGACUUCUACCUUUGGAUGUGUAGAGCGAAAGUUAUGGGUAUGGAGGAGGUCCUGACAUGUUCCUAUCAACUAUUUCAGAGGAAAUUAAAACUUGUCAAGGAUGCGCUAGAGAAAGAGUCAAAACUCGGCACUAAAGAUCAGUACAGCAUACCCUUUCAAGAAGCCACCUCAAUGGGUUUGCAAUCAGAGACAGGGCUGGCAAUGAAAGUCAUAUUGAAAAGGGUGCUGCAGUUCAUCAGACGAGCAAUCGUGCUUGUAGGCACAAAAUCCAGCAAACGCAAUCCUAGAGCACAAGACUGGAAAACAGUGGAGCAUGAGGGAACUCAGAUUGGGUUGGACAUGACUACCAUGGAAUACCUGAGGCAGGCAAUUAUAAGUAGCAGAACAUUAGAAUGUGUCAAGCGAGUCUGGAUUACCAAAUAUAAGACAAGCGACACGGGGGUGCCCAUUGAGUUGAUAAAUAAACGGCAUGGUUCUGUUGCUGGUUGGGAUAACACACUUGUAUACCCAACAAAUGGCCCGGAAUGCGAAAUUCCGGAGGUCUCGAACAACAACGGGAGAUCAAGCAAUCCAGCUACUAGACUCCCAGGGGAAACUUGGCCAUCAGUUGAUUCCAAAUUGCGGGAAGAUUCAAAGUGGGUUAUGCCGCAUAACUGGUUGGAAAUGCUGAGGCUUCAAAGCCUCUGGCAGCAGCAGAUGAUAAGCGAACGGACAUCGGGGCUCUUAGAUUUCAGGCCGGGUUCGCAGGAAGCAAAGAAAAUAAACUCAGAAUAUGACAAGCAUAUGUUGAACCAUCAUUGCGCUCGUCUGCGUGAGUCUGCUACAAGUCCCUUCAUAACUGGCAGUUUUCUAGAGAGCUUUACGCUCGAAGAAUUAAGUGAAAGGCAGAAAGACACGCUAGAAGUAGAACGGGACUACAGGCAGGAGGAGGCAGGACAGUAUGACGAUGAGGGGCUUGGAGGGGCUACUGACGUGGAUGAGGAAGAUUUGAAGCAAGUCGUUGACGGAGAUGAGCUACUUGUCGAACGGGUGACUAUUACCCCCAGCAAAAGCUCCAUAUCAAGAGAAAUGCUUGAAAGGAGAUUCAAUUGUGGUAGAAGAGACCUGAGAUGGAUGAUGAGACUAGACUUGAUCAACGAAGGCCUCACAUCUCUCGGUAAAAAUAGUAUCUUUCGCUGGUGCCCACGGCUGAGGUGCUUAUCGGUGGACACAAACAGGCUUACUACAUUUCAAGAAGUUUUUGAGGGUGGUGAAGGUUACCUAGAACAAUUAUCAGCCAGAGACAAUUUAUUGGAAGACUUGACUGGUUUGGAAGGACUUCAGAAACUGACCGUCCUACACUUAGACGGAAACUUCUUAACUCAGCUAACUGCAAAUAAAAAGCGAACCGGAAAAGAGAACUCUGCGGUGAACACGUGUGCUACAAGUAAUGACUGCUGUGGAGUUGUUCCAGGUCAAUUACCUGAGGUCUGCUGGUCGAGAUUGCAAGUCUUGACUUUAGCCUGUAAUCGACUAACAAACGUAUCACAGCUUGGUAGUCUCUGUCCAAACCUAGAAGUGUUGGAUCUUGGGUCCAACCAGCUCGUGACUUUUGGUAAAGGAGAAAAAAAUGCCUUGACUUGUCUUCAGCAUUUGAGGGUCUUAGAUGUUGGACAAAAUAAGCUUAAAAGCAGAAGCUUGUGGGAGGGCUUGAAACACUGUCCAGAACUUGUGUCAUUAGUGGCCUCACGGAACCAUCUCACAGAGCUUCCCAACCAUUUUGGGAGUGUCCUGCUGCGAGAAAUUUGGCUAAAUGGUAAUGCUAUCAAACAGCUGGGGUGCAAAGUAUGGCUUCCCAGUCUGCAAAGACUUUAUCUUCAGGACAACCUUAUCACAUCACUCGAGCCGUUAUGGGGAUGUCCAGCUCUCGAGGUUCUUGAUCUAUCUUUCAACUGUAUAUCUGAGCACUCUCAGCUGCAGCAUCUAUCGGGUUUCCCCAACCUGCGAUCCUUGCAGCUAAAUGACAAUCCAAUAUCAGAGCAAGAGGACCAUGCUGACUAUGUCCUACAAGCUGUCCCGUGGCUUGCAGAACUUGACAACGAAGCAGUUUCGAAGACUUCGCGCGACAAAGCCAUUUCCACAAUAUUUAACAACAUGAUGGAGGUGGUUGGUAUAGCUUUCGUGAAGGAGAAACUGGCUAGAGGAGACACGCUUUUACGUGGGUUCACCAAUCCAUGUAGCGCACAUAAGAUUUCUUUCAACAGACAAGAGCACAAUGAAAAUCGAAACGGCCAGUUCUUGAAUAGAAAUAUAUGGGAAGUAAAUGAUGUAAUGAACGGGGAAGCAGAUGAAGCUUCACUGUGGGCCAUCUUAAUGGAGACCAAACACCUUGCGCAAUCAAGCGCAGUUUUUCAGAGUCUUCUGACAAUGAAUGCAGAGAUUUUAAAACUUGGCACCCUUCGCGUUCUUACUGAAAGUGAGUUUGAGGCAAGAAGCAUUAUGACUGCGUACCAGCAAAUGACUCAUGGACUUCGAGGUAAACUCCAUGCGGCGACAAAAGAAAGAUGUUUCAGAGUUUCAAAAGAAACAGAUAUUUCUGGUCAGCACAUAUACCAGAGAUGGCCACUGGGCGAGACUAUCACUCAAGUUGGACCACUCAGCCGAUCGUCCGGAGUGAGUGGAACCAGCGAUAAAGAGGGAGCAUGCCACUUGGAGUGGUGUUUAGAAGAGCAUACUACUUUCGAUACACGAGCUUAUACUGAGAUCUACAAGGAGAAUGCUGAUUAUAGACUCGAGGCUGAGGCUCAGAGUAGGAGGGUGGUGAAGCUGCAAGCACUUGCAAGAGCAUACAUGGCUCGGAAAAGAGUAAAGGUGCUACUGAGAGCAAGGAGGGAAAAGCAAGAGCUAGAAACGCGAAGAGGUGUUGUUAGAGUGCAGGCUUUGUGGAGGGGUUGGAAGGUUAGAAGAGAGAAAAUCCUAGAACGCCUCAAACUUGAGGCUGUGGAAAGAAAGCUACAGAUUGAAGCAGCUAUACCCAUUCAAGCUCGGUGGCGAGGCUAUAUAACCAGAGUCAAAUUUCAACAGGCAAUGAAGAGGGCUAAAUAUACUGAUGAUGACGAUUUUGAUUAUGAACCAAUUGAUGAGAGUGACUUUCUUGCAGGUGAAUUAGCACUUGCUUCGUAUCAACCAGCUGACAUGUACUUGUUUGCUCUUGGAUCUACUUCUCAUGGGGCCAAAGACACUCCAAUUCUACGCAUGAGUGCUCUAGAGGAGUUUCAUCACGAGGAUACCUUAGCCAAGGACGCAAAACAAAUAGAAGCAAGCUUCACACCACAAAAGUGUCCAGGUACGAGUUUGAAAAACACCAAGACAGUAGAGGCCGCGCAGACAAGUACAUUUAUUUCACAGCCUUGCCGAGCCUCCAGUCUGGAUGGCAACGAGAAAGAGGUGGCUGAAGUGGCGAAGAACUUCAACCCGCUCACUUGUCUAGUUUCUGGUGCCAAAGCCAUUGAGAAAGUGAUCGAAGUUAAAAGCGUUGAGGGUAUUAUUCAGACAAAGAGUGUUGACAAGGAAAAAAGAUCAAAAGAGGUGAAAAGCCCUGACCCGCCGGUGCAGUUGGACCAGAAGUCUCUCAAGGAGUUGAUAGAGAGCAUGGGAUUCAACUCACCAUUUCCUUCAAAAAGUGUAAAUACGGAAGCGAAAGAGGUCCCGGAAGGUGACGUUUGUACAACAAUCAGUAGACAUCUUGACAGAUUGAUCAGUUCAUCGGUUGACAGUGAACAGCAGAUUAUAACAAGCGAGAGAGCCGAAUCACCGGUGGGAGAGUCGAAGAAGAAGGCAACAUUAGAUGACAAAAAGGCGGCGAUUGAAGAAAUAGCUAAGGACUGGGGUUUCAAAAGUGAGAGAACUGCUGAAGCCUACAUGAAGGCUAGGGAAAGAACAAUGAAGAAAGCUAAAGACAUGGCGCAGCAGCAAACUUUACGGGAUCCAGAAACACGAUUCAAGCGUUUCAAGGCAAAACUAGGAGGACAACUUCCAGCAGUAGUACCUCCAUUGAAGCUCUCCGAGUCAAAAGUUUCUUCUUCCUAUACUGCUGAGCGCCAAGUUAACGACUGCCAAAAGCACCUCAGAGAGCGAUUGUGUGAUAGCGGAGGUCAGAUCCUCGGGGCUGCUCCAAUUUCCCACCGGAAUGCCGCUCUUCUACAACCAGCUAAGGAUCAAAAGAAAAUUUCCUCCGUUACGGAGAUCCCAACUGAAAUGAAGAUGACCGAGAUGAAGAAAGAUCUAAGGAGAGUGUCCAUAAACAGCUCUCAUGGAGAGAUAUCACCGUGGCACAUUCCCAAGGUGUAUCUAAAUACUUCACUGGAUGCAUUUCUGAUCCGCGAUGGCCAAGACUCUGCGAGAAAGUAGGUAAGUGAGUGCUGAAAGUCUCAACUUUCAGAAAAGUGAAAUCAACUGCAGCCCUCAUCAUCAUGUAACGUAGAAUCGACUACUACAGCUGCCGAACAUCAUCAUUAGCUCAUCAUCUUUAAGCACAGGAGCUUAAUUUUGCGAGCAUAGAAUUCUUCAAGGAGUAUCAGUAGUAGCGAAUGCUUUCCGUUUUGACCAUUGUGAGAUAUAGAAAGAGCUGUAAUUUUUCUUGCUACCAAGCACGUGGAGCUGUCAAUCGACACGAAAGUAUUCGAGACAGCGUUAAGCUACGGCUGAUGUUAAUUCAUUACAUUGAUGGC